GGGUGGAGAGACAGAAAGACUGAGACAGCCUACAUCUCUGUAUUUUACACAAGAGGGUGAUCAUCAUAUCCUGCUGACAACAAAGUGUAAGAGAGCUGUGGUGUGAUUUCGUCAUGGCAGGGAAUGCGUUAAUCUUCAUCCUCUUGUCAGGGCUGGGCAGCCUCCCCUCCUGUUUUCCUCGUCAGUACCUCUUGGUUGAAGAAAAAAUGAACUGGACUGAAGCGCAGAGCUACUGCAGGCAGCACUACACAGACCUGGCCACCGUAAGCAGCGAGGAAGACGUGGCCAAGCUGAAUGACACUGUGGGGAGUCAUCGCAGCUGGAUAGGGCUGUACGAUGACAUUAACAGCUGGAGGUGGUCUCUGCAAAAUAAGAGUUACUACGGUGAAGGAGAGGCUGAGUUCAGGAUGUGGGACAGUGGGCAACCUGAUAACUCCGGCAGUAAUGAGCACUGUGUGGUAAUGAACCCAGGAGGAUUAUGGUUUGUUUCUUCUUGUUUUUCUGCACGUCCAUUCGUCUGCUACAACGAUCGAACCAAAGGCUCAUCGAGAUGGAUUUUAGUGAACAAAGACAAGAGCUGGAGCGACGCUCAGAGCUACUGCAGGCAGAACUACACCGACCUGGCCAGCAUCAGGAACCUCACUGAGAACGAGGAGAUCAGAGGUUUGAUCAGCAACAGCUCUUGGAUCGGCCUGUUCAGAGGCACAUGGAAGUGGUCAGACGGGAGCACCAUGUCAUUCACUAAAUGGGAUGAUAACCGACCAUAUGGAGGAUAUUGGCGUUGUGUGGCUUCAUAUCUGGGAAAAUGGCUUGACUAUCCAUGUUGGCUCAGACUUUACUUUGCCUGUUACAGUGAUGUCGUGAAGAUGCAGGUGGUGAAAGUGCGGCUGCAGUCCGCCUCCUCAGCGGACCUGGAGGCCAUGAAGGAUGAAUUGUUGCAGCAGCUGCGUCAGAGACUGAAGGACCAAGGCGUGAGUGACGACGUGCAGCUCCGAUGGGUGACGCAGCCUGAUGGGAGGGUCUUCCACAAGGAAGGGAAAGAGGAGGAGAAGAACGAGGAGGAGCAGCCGUCUGGCUCUGUCCCACUGCCCCCAGCAGCAGCAGGAAGCCCUUACCCUGGCACCGUAUUUGUAAGAGAGCUGUGGUGUCAUUUGGUCAUGGCAGGGAAUGCGUUAAUCUUCAUCCUCUUAUCAGGGCUGGGCAGCCUCCCCUCCUGUUUUCCUCGUCAGUACCACUUGGUUGAAAAAUCAAUGACCUGGAGUGAAGCGCAGAGCUACUGCAGGCAGCACUACACAGACCUGGCCACCGUAAGCAGCGAGGAAGACGUGGCCAAGCUGAAUGACGCUGUGGGGAGUCAUCACAGCGGAAUAGUCUGGAUAGGGCUGUACGAUGACAUUAACAGCUGGAAGUGGUCUCUGCAAAAUAAGAGUUACUACGGUGAAGGAGAGGCUGAGUUCAGGAUGUGGGGCACUGGGCAACCCAAUAACUACAAUGAUGAGCACUGUGUGUUUAUGGACGCAGAUGGAGAAUGGUGGGAUUAUUAUUGUAGUCGUAGAUACCCAUUCGUCUGCUACAAUGAUCGAACCAAAGGCUCAUCGAGAUGGAUUUUAGUGGAAGGACACAAGAGCUGGAGUGAGGCUCAGAGCUACUGCAGGCAGAACUACACCGACCUGGCCAGUGUCAGGAACCUCACUGAGAACGAGGAGAUCAGAGGUUUGAUCAGCGACUGGUCUUGGAUCGGCCUGUUCAGAGACGCAUGGAAGUGGUGA